GGGAUGGGAGCCGGAGCGGCGCGUCGCGGCGGGACCGGGCGGCGGGGCCGGCGGGGCCAGGGCGCCGGGCUGAGGCUCGGCCGGGCCGCCUGAGGGGCGCGGGCGGCCGGGCGCCGCCAUGAACGCCGCGGUGGUGCGGCGGACGCAGGAGGCGUUGGGGAAGGUUAUCCGCAGACCGCCGCUGACGGAGAAGCUGCUCACCAAGCCCCCGUUCCGCUACCUGCACGACAUCAUCACCGAGGUGAUCAGAGUGACUGGUUUUAUGAAGGGCCUCUACACGGACGCCGAGUUGAAGUCUGACAAUGUUAAGGAUAAAGAUGCCAAAAUUAGCUUCCUGCAGAAGGCCAUAGAUGUGGUUGUGAUGGUUUCUGGAGAACCGUUGUUGGUGAAGCCAGCCCGGAUCGUGGCCGGGCAUGAGCCUGAGAGAACCAAUGAGCUGCUUCAGGCGAUCGGGAAGUGCUGCCUCAGCAAGCUCUCCAGCGAGGAAGCCGUGAAGAGAGUCCUGGCUGGCGAGAAGGGGGACGUGAAGGGCCGGGCCUCGCUGGCCUCCAGGUCUCAGGAGCCGGACAACAAGAACAUGAGAGAGGAGGAGCCCCAGAGUCGUAAGGAGAAAGAGGACAGAAGAAGCCGAGACGGAAAGCAGAGAGAAGAGAGCAAGCCGAGGGGCAAGGAGGAGGACGGAGAUGGCCCCCGGGACUCGGAGCGGGACAAGCACAGGGCCAAGGCGGACAGGGAGAGGGACAGAGAGGAGCGCAGGGGCGAGGCGGGCAGAGAGGAGAGGCUGCGAGACAGAGGGAAGGACAGGCGGAGGCUGAGGAGCGGGGAGCACUCCAGGGGCCCCGAGCGGGAGAAGGCAGACAGGAAGUCAGCGAGCUCGGGGGAGAUACCUAAGAAGUCCGAAGGGUCUUUCAAGGACUCCAGAGCGGACAUGGAGACUGAGAUUUCCAGGGGAGCAUCCAAGUCAGUGACAUCAAAAUCAUCGAAACGGCGAUCCAAAAAUUCUGUGGAAGGAAGGAAGGAAGAUAAUGUUUCAACUAAGAGUUUAGACCCCAUAGUGUCUGGAUUAAACAGUGAACCAAAGCGACCUGCGGCUGCAGAGCUAGGAACAGAAGGAGCCAGUACUAACUCAACUAGCGUUUCAGACGGUAACUCGCCUCGUCUGUGGCGGGAGAGUGCUGAGCCAGAGCCAGCCGCGAGGCAGCCAGGUGAUUCUGCCAGCGAAGCAGAGGGAGAAGCUGGACCUGCCGGCCGAGACAAGUCUGAGGUGUCGGAGAGCUCGGAAGUCCCUAAUGAGCCUGCGUCCAGCGCCAGAAGAAUUCCUCGCCCUGGGAGUGCAAGGCCAGCGCCUCCCCUGGUCAGGCGGCAAGCGAGUGUGGAGGUGUUAGCGAGCGACAGGGCAGGGAGUGGGAAAGCGGUGUCCUCCGUGAUCAGAGACUCACAGAACGGUGACAGCGGGGAGGACGACCAGUUCGUGGUGGACGCCAUGCCUCAGCCCUUGGAGCUGUCCCCGCUGGAGACGGUACCAGCAGCAGAGCUGGAGGAGGACGAGAAGCACGGUGGACUCGUGAAGAAGAUCCUGGAGACCAAGAAGGAUUACGAGAAGGUGCAGCAGCCGGCCCGGCAGGGAGAGAAGGAGAAGUCACUCGUCUUUGAGUCGGCCUGGAAAAAAGAGAAGGACAUUGUUUCCAAGGAGAUGGAGAGGCUCCGUGCGUCCAUCCAGACCCUGUGCAAGAGCGCGCUGCCCCUGGGCAAGGUCAUGGACUACCUCCAGGAGGACGUGGACGCCAUGCAGAACGAGCUGCAGCUGUGGCAGGGGGAGAACAGGCAGCACGCGCAGGCCCUGCAGGAGGAGCAGAGCAUCACCGACGCGGCCGUGGAGCCCCUGAAGGCCGAGCUGGCCGAGCUGGAGCAGCUGAUCAAGGACCAGCAGGACAAGAUCUGCGCCGUGAAGGCCAGCGUCCUUCGGAACGAGGAGAAGAUCCAGAAGAUGAUCCGCAGCAUCAACCUCACGGCCCAGAAGGUGGACGCCUAGGACGGCGCCGACGG